GGCUUGCAAAUGGCUUCGUUCCCCGAGACCGACUUCCAGAUCUGCCUGCUGUGCAAGGAGAUGUGCGGCUCCCCGGCGCCGCUCUCCUCCAGCUCGUCUGCGUCGUCGUCGUCCUCGCAGACGUCCACGUCGUCCGGUGGCGGUGGCGGGGGUCCGGGGGCCGCGGCGCGCCGCCUACACGUCCUGCCCUGCCUGCAUGCCUUCUGCCGCCCGUGCCUUGAAGCGCACCGGCUGCCGGCGGCGGGCGGCAGCGCGCCAGGAGAGCCACUCAAGCUGCGCUGUCCCGUGUGUGACCAGAAAGUAGUACUGGCCGAGGCGGCGGGCAUGGAUGCGCUUCCCUCGUCGGCCUUCCUGCUCAGCAACCUGCUCGACGCCGUGGUGGCCACUGCAGACGAGCCGCCGCCCAAGAACGGGCGUGCCGGAGCCCCGGCGGGCGCGGGCGGCCACAGCAACCACCGGCACCACGCGCACCACGCGCACCCGCGCGCGUCCGCCUCGGCUCCCGCGCCACUCCCGCCCGCGCCGCCACCGCCCGCGCCUUCCCGCUCUGCGCCCGGCGGUCCCGCCGCCUCUCCUUCCGCGCUACUGCUGCGUCGGCCUCACGGCUGCAGCUCCUGCGACGAGGGCAACGCGGCCUCGUCGCGCUGCCUGGACUGCCAGGAGCACCUGUGCGACAACUGCGUCCGCGCGCAUCAGCGCGUGCGCCUCACUAAGGACCACUACAUCGAGCGGGGCCCGCCAGGUCCCGCCGCCGCAGCCGCGGCGCAGCAACUCGGCCUCGGACCGCCCUUCCCUGGCGCGCCCUUCUCCAUCCUGUCGGUGUUCCCCGAGCGCCUCGGCUUCUGCCAGCACCACGACGAUGAGGUGCUGCAUCUGUACUGUGACACCUGUUCGGUGCCCAUCUGCCGUGAGUGUACGAUGGGCCGGCAUGGGGGCCACAGCUUCAUCUACCUCCAGGAGGCGCUGCAGGACUCGCGGGCACUUACCAUCCAGCUGCUGGCCGACGCGCAGCAGGGCCGCCAGGCAAUCCAGCUGAGCAUCGAGCAGGCCCAGACGGUGGCAGAGCAGGUGGAGAUGAAGGCAAAGGUGGUACAGUCGGAGGUCAAAGCUGUGACGGCAAGGCACAAGAAGGCCCUGGAGGAGCGGGAGUGCGAGCUGCUGUGGAAGGUGGAGAAGAUCCGCCAGGUGAAAGCCAAGUCCCUGUACCUGCAGGUGGAGAAGCUGCGGCAGAGCCUCAACAAGCUGGAGAGCACCAUCAGUGCCGUCCAGCAGGUGCUGGAGGAGGGCCGGGCGCUGGAUGUCCUGCUGGCCCGGGACCGCAUGCUGGCCCAGGUACAGGAGCUGAAGACCGUGCGCAGCUUCCUGCAGCCUCAGGAAGACGACCGUGUCAUGUUCACACCCCCUGACCAGGCCCUGUACCUCGCCAUCAAGUCAUUCGGCUUCGUUAGCAGUGGGGCCUUCGCGCCACUCACCAAAGCCACCGGGGAUGGCCUCAAGCGGGCCCUCCAGGGUAAGGUGGCCUCCUUCACAGUUAUUGGCUACGACCAUGAUGGGGAGCCUCGCCUCUCUGGGGGCGACCUGAUGUCAGCCGUGGUCUUGGGCCCUGAUGGCAACCUGUUUGGUGCCGAGGUGAGUGACCAGCAGAACGGGACCUAUGUGGUGAGUUACCGGCCGCAGCUGGAGGGCGAGCACCUGGUGUCGGUCACCAUGUGCAAUCAGCACAUCGAGAACAGCCCCUUCAAGGUGGUGGUCAAGUCAGGCCGCAGCUACGUGGGCAUCGGGCUCCCGGGCCUGAGCUUUGGCAGCGAGGGUGACAGUGAUGGCAAGCUCUGCCGCCCCUGGGGCGUGAGUGUGGAUAAGGAGGGCUACAUCGUCGUGGCCGACCGCAGCAACAACCGCAUCCAGGUGUUCAAGCCAUGUGGCACCUUCCACCACAAAUUUGGCACCCUGGGCUCCCGGCCCGGGCAGUUCGACCGGCCAGCUGGCGUGGCCUGCGAUGCCUCCCGCAGGAUUGUGGUGGCCGACAAGGACAAUCAUCGCAUCCAGGUCUUCACGUUUGAGGGCCAGUUCCUGCUCAAGUUCGGCGAGAAGGGAACCAAAAAUGGGCAGUUCAACUACCCUUGGGACGUGGCGGUGAAUUCUGAGGGCAAGAUCCUGGUCUCUGACACCCGCAACCACCGGAUCCAGCUGUUCGGGCCGGACGGUGUCUUCCUGAAUAAGUACGGCUUCGAGGGGGCUCUCUGGAAGCACUUUGACUCCCCCCGUGGUGUGGCCUUCAACCACGAGGGCCACUUGGUGGUCACCGACUUCAAUAACCACCGGCUCCUGGUCAUCCACCCUGACUGCCAGUCCGCGCGCUUCCUGGGCUCUGAGGGCACGGGCAAUGGGCAGUUCCUGCGCCCACAGGGUGUGGCCGUGGACCAGGAGGGGCGCAUCAUCGUGGCUGACUCCAGGAACCACCGCGUGCAGAUGUUCGAGUCCAAUGGCAGCUUCCUGUGCAAGUUCGGCGCCCAGGGCAGUGGCUUUGGGCAGAUGGACCGCCCGUCCGGCAUCGCGGUCACCCCCGACGGGAUGAUUGUGGUGGUGGACUUUGGCAACAAUCGGAUCCUCAUCUUCUGAUCACGUUCUCUAGGCUUCUGUGUUUGGGCUGUGCGUGCAUCUCUCUCUCUCUCUCUCUGUCCUUUUGAAUUUCAAAGAAGAAACAGUCUCAGGGAAAUUUCUUUUUUUCUUUUGUUUAAAAAGAACAAGAAGAGUACAACAUUGCUUAAGUCCUACCUCAUCUUUAUUUUUUUACAGAUGAAUGUACUUAUCUUUUCUGCAGGGAUUGAGCCUGUGACGUGAUAAUUUCUAUCUACCUCAUAAAUCUUUACAUUUCCUUCUCCAGCAGGCCCUCUGCCCUCCUCCCCACCCUCACUCAGCGGAGUUCACGUUCCCCUCUGACCAGUUGUGGGGCGUGAUAUGCACAAGCCUGGUGUCUCUGUGGCUGGGGGGGCGCUGGCUGUGUGGUGGGGUGUACUCUGUAGAUUGAGCCAAGGAAACAUGAAAGAACUACUAAGUAAAAAAAAAACAAAAACAAAAAAAAAACUAUAAAAUGUGGAAAAAUAAGGUUUAAAAUGCUGAGUUGUAGAGUAUUUGUGUUCUGGAGAAUACUGUGUUAUGGGAUUAGAUUGUGUUGUGAUCUUGAUCUUUUUAAGAAAUCUUUCUUUGAAAUUUUUUUUUUAAUGCUGCAACAGAGAACUUUUCUGUAUUCUCCUUUAAUACCUCAGUGUGUUUAUCACCCUGUUCAGCAUCUUUUUCUUAUUCUUAGAAGACGUGGAUGUGGCUGUGGCUUGCAGGCCAAGAAAAGCAGACUAUUCUAUUCAUGUUUUAGGGUAUGUAAUCUUUGCUUCUUUUUAAGGGAUGGUGUGCAUGUGUGCGUGCGUGCGUGUGUGCGUGACUGAGCCGUCUACACCAACAUAGUAAAGCUGAGGAGCGUACACGACCACCCAAAAAAACUUUUCUUUCACACUUCGGUUUCUAAAAAAUAGAUGUAGCUUAGGAUUUUCGAUUAAAAGUAUUCUCAGAAGUUAAGUAUUCUUAGCUUGUUAUUGUUUAUAAAGUUCAGCGGAAGGAAGAAGAAAAUCAGCCUCAUUCUCAGAAAGAGGGUGUCAGACCUGCCCGGCCUGUGGACUUGAGUGUGGGCGGAUGUGCAUGUGCCGAGGUGGUCUGUAGAGAGCAUGAGAAAGCAGCAGGCUACCCCCAACGUCUGCGGGAGGGUGGAGGUCAGUCCCUGACCCCAGCUUGAAUGUUGUUCUGUCGAUAAUGUUAGGUGUUUCUUUUUUUAAGAAGAAUAGGCCAAGGAAUGAACUUUUCCUUUAAAAGCACAAUUUUUUUCCUGCUUUGGAAGUUCAGGGAAAUAGAAUGUUUGAAAGUCAAAUGAAUAGGAACAACCCAUCCCUACACCCUCUGCUCGGGUCCGUCUUCCAGAGUGGUCUGCUCCCGGGCCAUGCAGUAGGACCUCAUGGUUAACGUGAAUUUACUCCCCAAAGGCCUUUGAAUGUAAAAAAUUUGUAAACCAAAUUGUCCCAACCCAAAAGGUAGGAUGUAAUAUCUUUGUUACACCUCUGUCUCGGUACCAAAGAAUGAAAAUUGAAGCCAGGCUCCCACUGCAGAACUGUGGGAUGGCGUCCGUCACUUUACAGGGUUGGUUUGCAGUAAGCUGGACUUGGGUACAAAGCCUUGUGCUUCUGGGCAUUAUCUGUCUUUCAAGUGGAAAGUAGGCAGAGCUGAUCUGCUUGUGAGAACCUGUGUGGGUCCCUGCAUUCCCCCAGGUACUGAAGGAGAACCAAAUUCUGGAGGAGCGUGCCUCAGGAGCCAGAGGUGCUCUCAGAUGACAGGGGCCUCCAGGGAAACCUCUUGUUCAAACAGAAGGACUAACAUCAGUUUCUGUUCCUGUAUUUUGGAGAAAUUCCCCUUGCAGUAGAGAUGUAGUUUUAAAGGAACUGGAAGAAGGAACUUGUGGAGCAGUUUGUUUUUGUCAUCCCCAAAGAAAAGGAGUUGAUGGGGGGGAGUGAGCAAGUCAAUCAAAUUGGUUUUUUUGUCUCUCCCCCCCGCCCCGCCUUUUUGGGGGCGGCAUUUACCACUUCGGGGUACCCUGUGUCCUCCUUGCUUUAGUUCUGGGGUUUCUGAAUGACCAAAAUGGGAACAAACUCAUUUCAUAAAGGAGAACUGCAUGCAAUAGAGGAUCCCAAAACUGGAAAGUCGUGUCAGACCGCUCCCUCCCAGCUUCUGUGUUUCAGGGCAAGGAGGCUUCAGGAAAUCUUACUUUCUAAGACCACCUUUUCUUUUGCUGAAGCAUUUAAUUUUGAAUUCUUCCCCAGUUCCUAUUCAGUGGCCUUUUUAUUUGCCCCUAGGUUCUAUGUUCUUUGGUGAAGAGUUUGUGUAAUUAAACAUUUUUAUUGUUUUUUAUUUUGGAAAUAACUUGGUGCUGAUCUUCCUCCCCUCCACCCCUCAGUCCCCACCCACCCCCAGCCACCCAACAAAUCACCCUUUAAACACCAAAGACAACUGGUUUUAAAUGCUUACAAAAUUUUAUUGAAGAAAUGGAUCUUGAAAAUUCUUAGAAGCGUUCUCAGAAACCCGGGAUGAGUUACUUCGGGUAGUUACUACCUUUGAUUCUCCCAUCUUCACUCUGAUCUGUCCUUCCCAGUGUCCCCGGAUGUGGGGGAAUCAUGGGACCUGAGAAAUUUUUUUGGUGAAUAGCAGUAACAUAAAACUGUGUAGUUAGCAUUUCUCUGUGGAUUUGGUUGUAAAGCCAGGGUUUCCACACUUGACUGAAAUGAUCAGGUCUUAAUUAAUAGACUGACCAGUUUGCAGGCUCAAAGCUAGUAGUCCUCCCCUGAAAUGAGUUAAGUGUACGAUGCUGCCUCUUUCCCCUCAGUGGUGGUACAUCUCCUCCUUUUCUGCACCCAGAACUGUGCAUCACGGCCAUUUGAGAAAUGUGGUCACACAUGGGAAGCUUUUGUUUUUAAAACACUGGCCAUCUGUGGCUGCCCAUGAUUGACUCCUGACCCACAGGGACUGGUGCGAAGCACUUUGGAGUGUGUUUAUUGUACGAUGUGGAAUGCUCCAAAUCAAGGAAAGAGGAGAAAAGCCAACAUUUGGAACUCUAGUGUGAGUGAGGCUGAUGAAAAUUGGGGUUUUUAACUGGCUCUCUCCUGCCUGUCAAGUGAUGCUAGGGUGGGUAGGAAUUGGGUGGAUGAGGAGGAGAGACUUGAACAUGGUGAAAAGAAAAGGUUGUAGGGACUACGAGAGAGGAGUAUAAACUGUUUCUGUUAAGUCGAUGUGGUAUUCAGCUGGUCAUCCCCAUGUGUGUCUCAUCUGGGCAGGUGGCGGGGAUGGUGCGGGAUAUGAGGUCAGUGUGUGUGUGUGGAGAUGCCAGUUGGAUCUGGAUAUGUAAGUCUGGGUGUUGAGAUGGCUAAAGGACAUCUAAGUAACCCACAAAUAAAAACCACUUUUGGUUGACAGUUAACAUUUCAAAAGUGUUAAUCUUAAAAAAAAAUUUUCUCUGUAAAUUUGUUCACAAGAAGCAAUACUGUCUCAGAAACCUCUGCUCUCUGGUGGCUGGCAGGUGGCGCGAGAGUUGGCUGGAGCCCAGUGGCCCGGGCAGGAUGCAAGUGCACUAAUCUUUGAUGGAUGGAUGCCCUUUUAAGUCUAACUUAUUUGGGGAAACACCUACAGGGGUACCAUAAACAGAAUCUAAAUUGUGUGUUGGGCCAAAAAAAGUUGCCAGAUUUGAGGCACUUUGUGAUGGAGCUAUAAGAGAAUGGCUUGAGAUUGGCUCAGUCUGUUUUAUUCUAGUUAAGCCAAAGCUUAAUUUGAGGGGGGAAGUCUUUUUAGGCUUGAAGCAGCAGAAUACUGUUUCUGUAUGUGUCUUCCUCUUUGGAAGAUUCUACGGUUGCUGUGUUCUGUUAGGUAGUGAGAGAUAUGCCAAAGUUCUAGGCUUGUUUUUUCUGUUUAAAAACAAAAAUCCAGUGGUGCCAAAAAAGUAUGUAGGUAUUUAUUUAAAACCUCACUGACGGAUUUUCCAGCAGUCUCGGGCUGUAUAAAAGUCAGACUCUCGUA